UGUUACAAGGAAUAUAUUCCGGGGAUGAGGUUCCGAGUCGGAAGGGCCCGCUGCCGGAGGAGAGACUUGACGCCGCCCAGUGCAGCACAGAGCUUCUACGCGUGGACGACCGCUCACUCUGAUGUCACCGGAAUAUGUCAACCAAUGGACCCCGCUACAGCAACCACGGAGCAGAUGCAGAACGAGUGUGAACCAGAGUCAAGUUCAAUCUGGAGCUGGUGGCCUUCCUGGCGUCCAACCUCGAUGUCCCUUCUAAAGACUACCGAGUCAAAGAUUCUUGCUUGUAUUCAGAAUGAGCUCUGGGCGAGGUUUGUCACCCUCCCAAACCAGGAUCGAAUAUGGACUCUGACUCUCACCAAGAAGGCCCAACCGGCCCCAGCCCCCAAAACCCCCCUGGUGAUGGUCCACGGCUUUGGAGGAGGGGUAGGCCUGUGGAUCAGGAACAUGGACAUGCUGAGUCGGUCGCGGCCGGUCUACGCCUUUGACCUCCUGGGUUUUGGCAGGAGCUCAAGGCCUCCCUUCCCCUCAGACGCCGCCAAGGCAGAGGAGCAGUUUGUCGAGUCCAUUGAGCAGUGGAGACAGUCCGUCGGCCUGGAGAACAUGAUCCUGCUGGGACACAGUCUCGGGGGCUACCUGGCUACCUCCUACGCCAUCCAGUACCCUUCUAGGGUAGAGUGUCUUGUCCUGGUGGAUCCAUGGGGUUUUCCAGAGCAACCACCGGCACAGACCCAAGAGGUCCGAGAUCAGGGCACCGAGGUGUUGAAGCGGCCGCCUCUGCCCCCCUGGGUGAAGGCGAUCGCCGCGGUGGUUUCCCUCUUCAACCCGCUGGCCGUCAUCAGAGCAGCGGGGCCGUGGGGUCCGGGCUUGGUGAACAGAUUCCGUCCCGAUUUCAAAAGGAAAUUUGAAGAUCUGUUCGAGGAUGACACCAUGACGCAGUACAUCUACCACUGCAAUGCACAAACCCCGAGUGGCGAGGUGGGUUUCCGGGCCAUGGCAGAGUCUUUGGGCUGGGCCAAGAGGCCCAUGCUGCAGCGGGUUCACCAGCUGCCCCCCUCCAUGCCACUGACCAUGCUGUACGGAGCUCGAUCCUGGGUGGACAGCUCGUCUGGGCAGAGCGUGGUCCAGAUCAGGAACCAGGCCCUCACCAAAGUCAUCCUGAUAGACGACGCAUCUCACCACGUGUAUGCCGAUCAGCCAGAGGAGUUCAACAAAGUGGUGGAAAAGAUAUGCAACUCUGUUAACUGACGGCCUGUGUGUGUGUGUGUGUGUGUGUGUGUCGGUGUGUGUGUGUGUGUGUGUGUGUACAAGCCGUCUGUGUUGGAGCAUGUCAAGACCUCCAGUAGCCCAACAUGAUUUUGAAUGUUAUUUCUUUGCAGUCAUGUUACCAUAGGAACAAGUUGUUGAUCUUAUUGUUGCCAAGUUUUACAUAUUGUAAGGAAAUUAUUUAUUCAUAACAUGAUUGAUUUGUUUUGUUAAUGUUGUUAUACAGAGUAAUAAUUGUACUAAAGUGCCGUUGUUUUGUCCAUUGUUCUAUUUUUCUCAAACACACUCUGCUGGGUUUCUGUGUGACGGAGCAGCAACGACGCUGCUGACACACCCUUUUUUAUGUGCCUAACAUUCAGUACUGUAUGAGAUAUUUUGGUUUAAAUCCUUGCUUUCCUCCUAUAUAAUUCCCACCGAAUCAAGCCGCUCUGUGGAUUUUAUACCUUGAAACAAUAAAAGCUUAUUUGAUAAACCGCUGCUGUGCAAAUCCACAUGUGCCGCACGAUGUGGUCCAAUCAGCAGAGAUCAGUAACAAGUCCGAUCAGGUUCUUUGGAGCGCUUUGUUUGUGCCUGCCAGCAGUUGAAAUAGUGAGGGGAAGUCCUUUCUUCAAAUGAUUGCAUUUGUGAAAGCACAUACAUAUUAUCAGACUAAAGUGACAGUUUUGCCCCUUAUCUUUGUUAUCAUUUAAGCUGGUAAAAGUUUUCUAUUUUACAAUAAGUUUGAGCUAAUGCAAUGUUUAACAUUCUGUAUGUACAGUGUAUAAAUCAAGAACAAUAUGGAAAUAAAAAAAAUGUUUAGAUCAA